GACUUCGAUUUUAAUAGUACACAUAAGUGUAUUAUAUAUAUAUGGUUAAUCAUAAUAAUUUCCGAUUAAUUAAGUUCAAUUUUUUUAAUUUGUCCGCAAACAUGAUUCACUUAAUUGAGGAUCUUUAGGUGAUAUAUUCCGUGCAUAAUAAUUAUUAUGAUUAUAUUUUCCGUUGAAAACUGAAAGUAAAAUAAUUAAAGGUAAGAAAUCAAACCAGUCAAUCCCCAAAUCUGCGCUAAAGAAGGCAAGUUUUGCUCGGACCAACCCGACCUGAACCGGGUCAACCCGAGCAGAGCUGUUUUCACUUUUCACCUAUAACCGUUUCAGGACUUGUGACUCGUGAUGAGUGCUUUCUCUCUCUACACACGACAUCGUCUCUCUCUCCCUCUCUCUCUAACAACAAGUCCACGCACGCAGACAAGUUCUUCUUCGUCUUCUCUGUUAAUUUUUCCAUGCUUGAGAGUCCAAUCUCCUGACCAAAAACUUCUCCCGGCCCAGAUCAAGCGUUCUUCUCCACACAUGAAAAGAUGGCGAAAACAGAGCUAGCAAAGAUCUUAAUCGAAUCAGUAAAAGAGAUCGCUUCGAUUUCAGAUCACCGUCCACCGAUGAAGAUACACUGCGCCCAUCUCUCCCGGCGAUUAAAGCUCCUCCUUCCCAUGUUGGAAGAGAUCAGAGACUGCAAAAACUCUCUCCCUGAAGAAUCGAUGAUGAAGGCUUUGCUAUCUCUCAGAGAAUCGCUCCUCCAUGCCAAGGAUCUGCUUAUUUAUAUAAGCCAAGUCAGCAAGAUUUACCUGGUGUUGGAGAGAGACCAAGUCAUGGUUAGAUUCCAGAAAGUGACAGCUUUGUUAGAACAAGCAUUGAGUGAGAUUCCUUACCAGAGUCUUGAAAUUUCAGAUGAGCUUCAAGAACAGGUUGAGCUUGUUCUAGUUCAGUUAAGAAGAUCGAUUGGCAAAGGCCGCGGCGAGAAGUACGAUGACGAGCUGUAUAAAGACCUUCUAUCUCUUUACGACGGUGCAACAGACUCUGAGAUCCUCAGGAGAGUGGCUGAGAAGCUUCAACUGAUGACUGUAACCGACCUUACGGAAGAGUCUUUGGCUUUACUUGACAUGCUUAGUACCAGCGGCGGUGACGAUCCUGGCGAAAGCUUUGAGAAGAUGAUGAUGCUUCUCAAGAAUAUCAAGGACUUUGUGCAAACUUAUAAUCCUAACUUGGAUGACGUUCCAUUGAGAUCAAAACCGUCGCUUUCUAAGGCACAAGAUGAAGAUGAGAAGAAUGUUCCUGAAGAUUUCCGCUGUCCGAUUUCGCUCAAGUUGAUUAGUGAUCCUGUCAUUGUUUCUUCAGGGCAGACAUAUGAUCGUGAAUGCAUUAAGAAAUGGCUAGAAGAAGGAAACACCACGUGUCCAAAGACUCAAGUAACGCUAACAAGCGACACCGUCACACCGAACUAUGCUCUAAGAAGCCUUAUAGCUCAAUGGUGUGAAUCCAAUGGCAUCGAACCUCCAAAACGUCCCAACAAUCCUCAACCGAGUAGUAAAGCCUCCUCCUCCUCUUCCUCUUCGACUUCCUUCUCACCUCCUUCUGAUGAACAGUUGAAGAUCGAAGCACUCCUAUGUAAGCUCACUUCACAACGCCCCGAAGAGCAAAGAUCCGCCGCAGGAGAAAUCCGCCUCCUAGCAAAACAGAACAACCAUAACCGAGUCGUCCUCGCUGCAUCAGGCGCCAUUCCUCUUCUAGUGAGUCUCCUCAUGAACUUCGAUGACCCCCGGACGCAAGAACACGCCGUGACGUCGAUCCUUAACCUCUCGAUAUUUCAAGAGAACAAAGGAAGGAUCAUCUCUACGUUUGGAGCGGUUCCGGGGAUCGUUCAAGUGCUCAAGAAAGGAAGCAUGGAAGCUAGAGAAAACGCGGCGGCUACACUUUUCAGCCUCUCGGUUAUAGACGAGAACAAAGUGACGAUAGGCGCGGCUGGAGCCAUCCCUCCGCUUGUGAACUUGCUGAGCGAAGGGUCACAGAGAGGCAAGAAAGAUGCAGGGACUGCUCUGUUCAAUCUCUGUAUAUUUCAAGGGAACAAAGGGAAAGCUGUGAGGGCCGGUUUAGUUCCGGUGCUAAUGCGGUUACUAACAGAACCGGAGGGAAGAAUGGUCGAUGAAGCAUUAGCUAUAUUGGCUAUACUAUCGAGUCAUCCUGAAGGGAAAGUAGUGGUUGGAGCGGCUGAUGCUGUUGCCUUUAUGGUUGAUUUUAUUAGAAGCGGGUCGCCGCGGAACAAAGAGAACGCAGCUGCGGUGUUAGUCCAGUUGUGUUCAUGGGAUCCGCAGUAUUUGAUUGAAGCUGAGAAGUUAGGGGUAAUGGGGUGUUUAAUAGAAAUGGCUGAGAAUGGUACUGACAGAGGGAAGCGCAAAGCGGCACAGUUACUUAACUGCUUUAGCCGUUUUAAUGAACAGCAGAAGCAGUCUGGUUUGGGUGUAGAAGAUCAAGUCUCUCUGAUCUGAGGUUUAGAGGGUUUGCUUUUACAGUUUUUUGUUUUACAUUUUUCAUAUUAAAGUUACACCACAAGGACAAGAUUUUGAAACCUGUACAAUGGAAUUGUUUUUCUCUGUA